AUGUCGGUGCUACAAUUUCCUUCUUCAACCGAAAAAAUACUUCCUGACGCUAUUAAACUCGUCUGGCCUCCAACAGAAUUACAAAAUCCUGCAGCUAUCGAAGCAAUUAGUGGCUCUCUCGUCGGUCUAGCAAUAGGAGAUGCACUUGGAGCAAGCGUAGAAUUUCGUCCUCAAGAAUAUCUUAUCGCUCAUCCCGUCCGUGAUAUGAAGAGUGGAGGCACAUGGGGUUUACCAGCUGGUAAAUGGACAGAUGAUACUGCUAUGGCUUUAUGUCUUGCUUCAUCACUUAUCACUCAAAAAGGUUUCAAUCCUUAUGAUCAAAUGGUUCGCUAUAAAUGGUGGUAUAAACAUGGGUAUUUAUCUUCUACUGGAUAUUGUUUUGACAUUGGUAAUGCAACUCGUGAUGCACUAGAAGAGUUUAAUCAUCGUCAGAAGAAAUUGAAGAGAUAUGUGAACUGUCGUACAGAAUCAGAAGUUGAUCAACUAUCGUUUGAUAUCAUUCAACGAGCUGGCUUUAAUGUAAACUGUAGUCGACCAGGCGUCGCUGGAAAUGGUGCUCUGAUGCGUUUUGCUCCCGUGCCACUCUUCUUCUAUCGAACACCUUCUCUUGCAGUUGAACUUUCAGGUGAAAGUGCUCGUUUGACACACGGUGAUGAUAUAGCUAUCGAUGCAUGUCGUUAUUAUGGAGCACUUAUUGUUGCAGCUAUUUAUGGUGAACGUAAAGAAACUCUGCUUAGUAAGCAAUUUUAUCAUCAGUAUCGAGAAUGGUUUGAUCGUCGAGAACUUCAUAGUGAAAUUCUUCGCGUCGCUGAUGGAUCAUUUAAAAGGUUAGGAGGUUAUUACGAUGGAAUUCGAAGCACAGGAUAUGUCGUGAACACACUUGAAGCAGCUUUAUGGGCAUUUUGGAGUGCAAAUUCUUUUGAAGAGGGUGCACUCAAUGCUGUCAAUCUUGGUGGUGAUACAGAUACUGUAGCAGCAACCUACGGUCAAUUGGCAGGUGCCUAUUAUGGUUAUAGAAACAUUCCAGAAGCGUGGAAACGUAAAUUAUACGCUAAUAAAUUGAUCAACUGUAUCGCUGCAUGGUUACAAGUCUUAGGUCGAUCAGAUAUCAAUUCGUCUGAACAAAGACUGAGCCGAAGCAUUACUUCGCCGAUUCAACUACCACAACCUAUGUAUAUGAACAUACCACAAUCGAGAAAAGUCGAAUCAACAAUUAGUGAACCACCGCAACGAGAUCCUCACAAAAAACGCAGCAGAUCAAUUCCACGACAUCCUCGUUCUGGGAUUAGUUAUUGGGCACAUUUGAAUUCCAGAUAUAGUGGCGAUAGAAAAACCUGA